GGAGAAAGUUGGAGAAGAGGGGGAACAGACAACAACAGAGGAAAAACAGACAAGCACACAUUAUUGUUCUUAGAAACCACCCAGACACUCAUCUUGACGCACCUUAAAAUGUGAAACCAGAGACACUCAUUCUGGUUCUCGACUCAGCUGCCUGCCUGACUGGCAAGCGACUGAAUCGGGGAGAAGUUGCUCCUAUUUUUAGCCCCACGCUUGAUGGAAGGAUGGAAAGGAAACAGAUAGUAGCUGCACAUGCAAAGACAGAGAGAUUGAGAUGGAGGAAGUGUGUAUGUGUGGGUGAGAGAGAGAAAGAGAGAGAGAGAGGGAGUGAAAGGAAGGGAGAAAGGAGGAGUGACUUAUUUGUGAAGUUCUGCAAGUUUGGAUUACAGGCUCAUUGCUGUCUGAGGAGGACACAUGGCUAGACUGGGCACAGGGCAGAGCUGGGUUGAUUUCUUUGCAGCGGGCAGCAGCUCCUAAUCACACUACAGCCUUUUUUCCAGAAGUUAUAGGACUGCUUAAGUUCUGUUUUGCACACUGAAGUGCUACAUGAAUGCCUCUUUGCCUUCUUGAGGGAGCUGAAGCUAAAGAAGGGGCUUACAGAACGAUUGCCCCGCCAUGGAAUGUAGUAGAUUUACGUGCAGGAUCAUAGGAAGCUUUUCUUCCCCCUCUCGGGUUCGGAGCUGGGGGUCUGGAUCCGAGGAGUGUGUGCACUUUUUAGAAUACCAUAAGAGACUGGGGACGUCAAACUGGGAGGACUGUGGCUCUGGUAGUGGUUUAAAAGGCAAGCAGCCACCUCUGGCCAUUUAAACCACGUACACACAUUUAAUUUUUUUUGCACCCACACUCAUCAGGACGAAGGAACUAAGGAUGAGACGCUUUGACAAGCUGAAAAAGUCAUUGCCGUUCCUGGCACACUUUCACGUGUAUCGAAAACUAGGCAGUACCAUGCAGUGUGAGGAAGGCACAGAAUGGCUGCUGGAGCUGUUGAUGGAGGUGCAGUUGCAGCAGUACUUUUUGCGAAUCCGAGAUGACCUUAACGUCACACGGCUGUCACACUUCGACUAUGUCAAGAGUGAAGACCUGGAGAAGAUUGGCAUGGGUCGACCUGGACAGAGACGACUGUGGGAGGCAGUGAAAAGGAGGAAAGCCAUGUGCAAACGAAAGUCCUGGAUGAGCAAGGUGUUUAGCGGUAAGCGCCCAGAGGGAGGAGACUACCCCCAGCAGGGCCAGCCGGCCUCCUCCUUUCGUAAGCUGUCUCCCACACCUCCACUGGGCCUAGGGGAGGGAGUCCUUGCCACGCAGUCUGGUGGUGCUCCCCUUGAUGGGCAGCAGCAGGCUCUGACCUGCCUCAUCCCAGAGAAGGAUCUGACGCUGUUUGAGAAGCUGGGGGACGGCUCGUUUGGUGUAGUGAAGAGAGGAGAGUGGCUGACACCUGCAGGGAAGGUGCUGAACGUAGCUGUGAAGUGUCUGAAGACAGAUGUGCUCAGUCAGCCUGACGCUCUGGAGGACUUCAUCUGUGAGAUCAACGCCAUGCACUCCCUGGACCACCAGAACCUCAUUCGACUCUACGGUGUGGUGCUCACACACCCAAUGAAGAUGGUGACUGAGCUAGCUCCUCUGGGUUCUUUGCUGGAGCGUCUGCGAUGUGUCCGUCCACAGGGCCCCGUGCUGAUCCACACUCUGUGUCAGUAUGCAGUGCAGGUGGCCUGUGGCAUGGCCUACCUGGAGCAGAGGAGGUUCAUCCACAGGGACCUGGCAGCCAGGAACAUACUGCUGGCCUCAGCUCACAGAGUGAAGAUCGGUGACUUUGGCCUGAUGAGGGCGCUGCCGAACAACCAUGAGCACUAUGUCAUGCAGGAGCAUCGGAAGGUCCCCUUUGCAUGGUGUGCCCCAGAGAGUCUGAAGACCAGAACGUUCUCCCAUGCUACAGACACAUGGAUGUUUGGAGUCACUCUUUGGGAGAUGUUUACACAUGGCCAGGAGCCUUGGCUAGGCCUUAAUGGGAGCCAGAUCCUGCACAAGAUUGAUAAAGAAGGUGAACGCCUUCCUAAGCCUGAAGACUGUCCGCAGGAUAUCUACAAUGUCAUGCUGCAGUGUUGGGCUCAGAAACCAGACGACAGGCCAACGUUUGUCGCCCUGCGCGAGUUCCUGCUUGAGACCAUGCCCACAGACAUGUGUGCUCUGCAGGACUUUGAUGAGCCUGACAAACUUCACAUUCAGGUCAAUGAUGUCAUCACCAUUAUAGAGGGGAGGGCUGAGAACUACUGGUGGCGAGGUCAAAACAAGCGGACCCUGAAGGUCGGACAGUUCCCUAGAAAUGUGGUGACAUCAGUCGCAGGUUUGUCUGCUCAUGACAUCAGCCGGCCUCUAAAGAACAGCUUCAUCCACACCGGACACGGAGACACCAACCCUCAACGCUGCUGGGGCUUCCCUGACAGGAUUGACGAUUUGUACCUCGGGAAUCCCAUGGAUCCUCCUGAUGUCCUCGGUGUAGACCUCAAUGGUGCUCGGCCCACACAGCUACCGGGACGAGCUAAAAAGGAGCCUCCUCCCCGCCCUCCUCAACCAGCUGUGUUAACUAAGAGUAAGUCUGGUUUCCCUCAGCAGCUCCUCACCCAUUGUUCCUGCCCUCUCUGUUCCCUCCUUGCUCCGCUCCUCAAAGAGCCUUCCUAUGAUCCAGUAAACGAUGAUGAGGAUCUGACUUCAGCAGGACUAAAGAGAUUAUCACUUCGGAAAACGGGUUCUGUCAAAGGCCUAAAACUUAAACCUGCUGCAUGGGUCGCUGCUUCCAAACAGGGGAAUGGCCGAACUUCAGGCUCAGGCUACAAUCCCAACACAGAGGUGUCCCUCAUUGACUUUGGGGAGGAGUUCCCCCCAUCCACACCCUCCCCUGUGGUUGAAAUUCAAAUUCCUUUACUGGCAAAGCUCGCUUUAGAAGCAGAGAACAUCCUGGACCGGACUCCACCUCAGAGUCCAUGUAGAUCAUUGCCUCGCCCCCUUCACCCCACUCCAGUAGUGGACUGGGACGCCCGGCCAUUACCCCCACCCCCAGCCUAUGAUGAUGUAGCUCAAGAUGAAGAUGAUAUGGAGGUGAGCUCCAUCAACAGCACAGAGCAGCAGCAUGAAGAAGAGCAGAGCGAUGUCCAUGAUCCAGAUGAGGCUUUCUCCCCUGAGCAGAAGGUGGAGGGUGAGGUUCUUGUCUCCAAGGGUCCAGACAAACCAGCCCUCGAGGACAACCUCUUUCUCCCCAGUAAGCAGAACCAGGGUCUGUCCUCCUCUUUCUCCCAGUCAGCGGAGAUCUUCCAAGAACUCCAGCAAGAGUGCAUGAGAAGGCUUAACGUACCGACUGGAAGUGGUGCCCGGUCAAGUUCACCAUCCCAGGUCUCAGCUUCGUGUCCCCAGAGUCCACAGACACAGGAAGGACACCAGCAGGCUGUCCUCUCCUGCAAUGAGGACAAACCCCAAAUCCCCCCACGCGUGCCCAUCCCCCCUCGCCCCAUAAAAAAGGGUGACUACACAUCAGCUCGUUGGUCAAGGGAUCUCUCCCUGUCACCGACGCCAGCUGACACCACAGAGAACUUUUUAGGCCCAGGCCAGGAUCGACCACCUCAGAUCCCUCCCAGGGAACCUUUGUCCCAGCCAGGCUCCAGGACUCCCAGCCCCAUGGGCCUGGUUGUGGGCUCCCCCCAGCAGAGAGUCUACUCUGUCAGCCCUACCACCAUGCAGGCUUCACUUACCUCCUGCUCGUCCACACACACCUAUGGCUCCUACCUCUCCACCUCUCCAGGUAAACUCAUGCCUACCACACACAGCUUUGCCUCAGAUCCUAAAUAUGCUGCACCAAAAGUCAUCCAGGCACAAGGGAAGGAUGCCACCAACAAGGGCCCCUGCAUCCUCCCCAUUGUCCGUGAUGGACGUAAAGUCAGUAACACACACUAUUAUCUUCUACCUGAGAGACCCCCUUACCUCGACCGCUACGACCGCUUCUUCAGAGAGGCAGAGAGCCUGUCUGCCAGCAGUGUGGAUGAAAGGCCAAUACGGCAAGCCAACACUGCCACUGUCAGACCCAUGGUGGUCAGCAGCCAGACUCUCCAGGGACACACCCAGGGACAGGGGCUUGUCCAGCCAGGCGAACUGAAGGCUAAUUUCUCCUCUAACAAUAACAGCAGUCUAGGAGGGCCACGGUCAGGGAUGAAGACAUCAGUUAGUCUCCCUCGCGUCUGUUCAGACGGGCUGACAGCUCAGAUGGUUGCUGCUUCCUGCACCAGGACAGAUGGAGGAGGGAACUCAGCUGACAGAGUGAGGAUGGUGCAGGAGGCAGUUCAUGGUGUGACGAUAGAGGAGUGCCAAGCCGCCCUCCAGAACCAUAACUGGAAUGUACAGAAAGCUGUGCAUUAUCUUAAGGUGGAGCAGUUGUUCUGUUUGGGUUUGAGAAGCAGGUCAGAGUGUUUAAAGCUGCUGGAGAUGUGUGACUGGAACCUGGAAGUGGCCAGCACUCAGAUGUUAGAUAACUACGGAUCUACAACCAGACAGAGACGGUGACAAAAACCUCAAGCCUCUGAGCUCUGAUUGGAACUUCAUCCUCAGUAAAACAUCAUCAGAGGAAGUGAAUCCGCUCCUGACCCUUCACUUUUAUGCUUCAGACACGUCUACAAUCAAAAGACUGUGAUUUGACUAUGGAAGAAUCAAGGACACUUUAUCUGAACUAAAACAAAAUGCCAAACUUUAUUAUAGCUCCAUUCAUACUUACAAGUUUUUGGGUCAUGUUUUAACUUUUGUCUGAAAGAUGUGAUUGUUGCACUUAAUAAGAAAUUGAAGACUGCUGUCUACUAUCUUUUUAAAGUUGUUCUAAGACAAAAAUGGUACUGUACUUCAAUUUCAUCUGGCCAACUGAAUGUGUCGUCCUAACAGAGGCCCACAGUGCUACAAGAUCCACUUGCUGGUAUCCUCACUGCCACAGUUACACUGUUGACCAUCUAGAGAACGACACUUUAAUCUUUUCUUUUUUUAAUGGCAUUAAAAAGCCAGUUUAAAAGUAAAUCUGAAGCGGUUAAAUCUGAAGUAUGUUAAAUAGCACAAUAUUGACUUCCUGAAAAGGUCGGUAGAUUUCCACAAGCUCAUUGUAUUUUGUCAGAAUAUGGUAAGAACCAGUUCAGUUUGACUGAAAACUCAUCUCUCAUUUAGUGAACCGUGUCAGAAUUUCAUCUAAAUUUAAAUAACAAACAUUGAAAAGCACAACCAAAUAUGAAGUUAACAUUUUAUUGGCUGUCCUGCCAUAUUGUACAGUAAAUAGUUUGGUCUGAUCCUGCAGCUGAAAGCUUGUGGACUCAAAGAAAAUAUGCAGGGAAAAAAGAAAACAGUUUGCAAAAGACUCUACAGCUAAAAAAAGCUCAUAUCUUCAGUAAUGUGUGUUACAUGUUUGAUAGGUUGGCAAGGGACAUUUGUCAGCAUUGACGCAGCAUUGCUACACUCUGUGCUCAGAGUCAAAGGUCAGACUGGCCUAGUGCUGACUAGCAUCUACUGAAUUAGUAGAAAUUGAGGAUCUGAAAAGCAGUUUGUCCAGCAUUCACAGCUACAACACUGUUUAAUUUAUCUUCAAAGGAUACAAAUAGUGUGCCCUUCAUAAAAGUAUUUGUGAACAAAACAUAUUAUCUUACCUGUUAUUUUAAUAUAUUUUGAACACUAUGCUGAGAGACAAGAGUAAACUGUUAGGUCCAUUACUGGGCAGGCCAUUUGUGAAAUUAUUAUUCCUUCAGUCAAUCACAAAUCUAUGACUGUUGCCACAUGUGACUCAAGAACAAAUGUGUCACCCAGACCCAGUCGGUCAGUCAGUCAAUUAAAACAUCUGGCAGAUAUAGUCUUUCCUUAUUCCAUCCCUCUAAGCACUUUGCCCACACAGAACUCGUGUGCAUCAGCUGAAAACUCCCGCGAGUUGUUUUCUGUACAUGCCCAGACUACACUGGCAGCUAGUAACAGAAACGUUGGGAAAUUUGCCCCAAGGUACACAUCCUGCCCCAUAAUCAUCACGUGAAACCACAACUGUGAUAUUCUGGUCAGCAGCUUUAGGGGCAGUCAUUUAAAACUGGGAGGACUUGUCAGCUUUGGGUGAACUCACUCACCGUUGGAUGGGACAACACAUCCUCUGACGGUUUGAAUUCAGUAAGCAUAAAAAGUUUUUGUUCUCCCAUUUUUUUUUCUACUAAAAGGAAAGGAAUAAAAGGCAUUCCACGUGCUUUGACUUCUCAAAUUCACUUUCAGGUGGUCAACUAAAUGUCGAAAACAAUACUUGACAGGCAAUUUAUGAUCAACACACAUGAUCCCUACGGUGCUUCUCUUUGCCAACUGGUACCCAUCUGUUUAAAUUACAGUACAACUGUGUGAAUGUGCACAUGUAGACAUUGGCUUUGCUCCAAACCAACCAGCUUCUCCUUAUGUCCAACCCAGUAUGUGACAGGUCUGACCACAAUCGGUUUGGGCAGAAACUUUAAAGGGCCUCUGAAAAGAACUAAUAUAGAACAACAACAAGCCUUCUGUCUGUCUGGGCACAUUUAGAGGCAUUCAAAAAAAAAAAAAAGAAAAGAAUAUAUUUAUAAAGGAUGUACAGGACUGAUUUUGGAUGACAACCUCUAGUAAAAGCUUUCUCCCAUGUGCAAUAAGGCUGCUGUAGAACCUGUAACCUCCCUGUCUGUCCAUCCAGUUGUGUAAAAAGAGCUUUCAUCUAUGUCAUCACAUAUCCCAGUCCCCGAAUGUACAAGAAACACCAUUUUCAGUAUCAAAUGUUUGGAGACCCGGUUUUCCUCCCCAAAGUAGGAUGAAGUUGACCUCAAGUAAGUUUUGCCAUUUCUGCCCCUGAUGUGUUGUGGUAAAGCUGAUUAUCAACCAGUGAAUUGUCAACAACUGGAUGUGAGUGGUGCCUCCACGGUCUGUUCAUGUGUUUGUUGUCUUAUACCAAGCUGCUGUAGUUGUAUUGAAGGACUCAAGUGAACCUUGUGGUGUUGAAAGCAACAUUCUCCUGUUGUGGUGUUAGAAAACUCUGUUCAGUUCUGUUUAGUCGUUCUUUGCCAGACCUGUUUCUUCAUUUAUAUUGUUUUUGCUGUUUUUGUUUCGAUCCAACUUGCCAUUUCUUCCUCAUUUGUACGUAUUUGCUUCCCAAAAUGUGUUUUAUUGCAAAUGCCUAUUGUACAGUUGGUUUUCAUUGUUUCUCUCCUCCUGGGUUGGUGGAAAUCUUCAACAGAAUUUCAUGCUGCCGAAUUUAUAAAUGUAUUUUUUAUUAAAGAAUUUAUUAUUUUUUA